AUUGGGAGAAACAUCGCUCAAGUAUUGGACCAGCAACUGACAUACACAGGUCUAGGGGUGGCGGCAAUGGUUCCUCUAGAGAUCAUCAUUCCCAGUGUUUUGGGUGUAGUUGUGGUGGUCGUGUGUGUAAUGAUGAUCAUAUUCGUCUGCUUGUAUCUAAACUCUCGGAGAAAGUCCAUGUCAAUUGCUAAGCAUGAAGAAAUUGUGGAGCUCGUUGCUACCGGAGAAACUCAAGAUCUAGAGGUAACAGAUGGAAAUACUGCACUUGUUAAAUCAGAGCUUGUUGAGAUUGCUGAGUCCAUCCCAGACUCAUUCAAAAUACCAGCCUCCAUAUUGAAGCUCUCCAGUACUGCAAUUGGACAAGGUGAAUUUGGCAUUGUGUACAAGGGCAUCCUGACAGACUGGAAAAAUGUACCAAUACAGGGGGUGGCCGUGAAGACACUAAAAGGUCUGUUCUCGUUGUCGGAUGUUCAGAGCAUGGUGUGUGAGGUGAACAAGAUGCAGGACUUUGACCAUCCUCACGUCAUGUCCCUGAUUGGGGUGUGUUUCGAUGCUGGCCCCGGCAUUGCCAUAGUGAUGCCAUAUAUGGCCAACGGGAGCCUCCUCGACUACCUCAUGAGAGAGAGGAGCAGCCUUGAGCUGGAUGAUGACUGUGAGAUAGAUCAGGUAUCUCUUAUGGAAUAA